AUGAAGCCCAGCAGAAGGAAGCAGGGAGUUCUCAAAAGAGCAAAGUCAGACCGGCCGCAGGAGAGUAGCAGCAGUGGGGACAGCAGCGAUAGUGGUUCUGAUUCCGACUCCAGCUCCGACCUCAUUGGCCCCCCCAUCCCCUCCAAGCUUGCUACCCACGGAGACCCCGACGACAUUGUGGGCCCCCCACUUCCUCCGGGGUACAGAGGCAGUUUGGCGGACGAUGAUGAUGACGAGGAAGACAUGCAGGACGAAGACGGGAACCCAGUCAAAAGAAUUCCAGACACGCAUGAAAUCACACUGCAGCAUGGCACAAAAACGGUAUCCGCUCUGGGCUUGGACCCCUCGGGUGCUCGGCUGGUUACCGGGGGAUACGACUAUGAUGUGAGAUUUUGGGACUUUGCCGGGAUGGAUGCUGCUCUGCAGGCCUUUCCAUCCCUGCAGCCCUGUGAGUGCCACCAGAUAAAGUCCCUGCAGUACAGCGUCACGGGCGAUGUCAUCCUGGUGGUUGCAGGCAGUGCUCAGGCUAAGGUCCUGGACCGGGAUGGCUUCCCGGUUCUGGAGUGCGUGAAGGGGGAUCAGUACAUCGUGGACAUGGCCAACACGAAGGGUCAGACUGCAAUGUUGAACAGUGGCUGCUGGCAUCCAAAGAUCAAGGAAGAGUUCCUGACGUGCUCAAACGAUGGUACGGUGCGUACCUGGGACCUGAACUCGGAGAAGAAGCACAAGUCCGUGUUCAAGCCCCGCUCCCUGCAGGGUAAGAGGGUCACUCCCACCUGCUGCUCCUACAGCCGGGACGGAAAGCUCAUUGCGGCCAGUCGUGAGAGCAGGAGAGAGGACGCUGUGUACACUUCAGGCUCCGCCUCCUGCAUCUCAGUCCAGAUCAAGACCGUCUCCCGGGGGCCGAGGCCUGCCCAUGAGCAGGUCAGCGCAGGACGCCACUUCAUCAACGUGAUUAAUCUGGAGGACAAGGAUCUGCUGGAGCACCUGCCCUCCCGCCAGGCUUCUGCCUCCCCGACCGGGCCGACCUCCACCCCCGUCUCCCCCCACACCCACCGGCCUGGAGCUCCUGGCCCAAAUCACACCUCCACUGAGCAAAUGACUGUGGAGACUGUGCUCGACACACAGCUGGAACCCAGUGAGAGGCCCAGUCCCCCUGUGAUACCGGGCCUGUGGGGCAUCUCUGAACCCGGCCAGGAUAAGGAGCCACUCGGGCUACUCGUGGAGAUAGAGGUGCACGGGCCUCUGGACCUGAGUGACACGGGCGACACCCUGACAGAGUUGGGCGGGCUGAGAGGUGCCUCCACCUAUUCACUCGGCCCAUCAGACUCACUGAGAGACAGGUUUCUCAGAUGGGGUGAGCAGAACAACGUGGGGGUGGAGGAGGAGGAGCAGCGAGAGGAACUGCGGGCAUGGAUGAAGAAGAAGCAGAAAGAAAGGAUUGCAGAAUACCGCAGACAGAGGGAGGAGAAGAGAGAGCAAGAGCACCGGCCCUUCACACCUUCGUCCACUCAGAAUCUGACCUCCAGAGAUCUUUCUACCAACAAGAAAAUGAAGGAAAAGAAGGAAAAGACAUUGCUGCUGGAACACCACACCCUCAGAGCCCGAGAGGCCUGUAGCUUGAUUACAGAGCUGCUCAAGCCGUCCCCAGCCCUGCCCACCCUCACCAAGGCCCAGCCCUCACAAAGCACCAAUCAGAGCAGCCGCAGGCCCAAGGCCCAGCCCUCACAAAGCACCAAUCAGAGCAGCCGCAGGCCCAAGGCCCACCCCUCACAAAGCACCAAUCAGAGCAGCCGCAGGACCGCAGGAGUACGGAGCAUAUCUACCCAGCGUGGAGAACAUCAGCCCACCACCCGCCGUCUGCACAGACCUGGUGCACUCCCAGAUUCCCGUCUGACGGGAUGGGGUGUACAAGACACCAGGGGCAGGAGACCGGGCAAAGGCUGGAUGAAGGGAAUACGGCCACCCCUGAAGGAGGACAGGAUGAGAAGAGAGAGGGAAGUGAGAGAGGAGGUGGAGGAGGAGAGUGAUGACGAGCAGCUCCUGAGCCCAUGGAACCCUCCUCUGGAGAUCCGACGCUUGCUUGGCCUGGACAACCAGGGCUCUGUGGAAGAGCGGAGUGGAGCUCCAGGGAGUGGAGCUGGAGUCUGGCUGAAGGGGCUGGACAGGGACUCCCCCUCUGAGAGCACUGGCAGUAUCCUCAGCAAACUGGACUGGACCGCCAUCGAGAAGAUGGUGGCCGAGGAGGACCAAGUCUGA